AGGAAGUAGUUUUCAGCAUGAGCAUUGAUCUUUCUUUAACUGUCAGUGGCACUUAGCGGAAAGCUGCAAGAAGCUCUUUUUCUCUGCAAGGACUUUCUUUUUGUCAUUUAAGAAAUAUUCCUCAGUGCCAUUUCAACUAUUAUAGCUCUUCGGGUGAAUAAAAUGGAGGGUCCCCUGCCCCUGUCCUCGCUGAGGCUCCUGGUUCCACCUCUGCGGGUGAUGACGGCUGUGAUGUGGAAGGUGGUUCAUCUGAGGAACAUCAGGCAUUAUGGGAAUGUGGAGGAGUUUGUGUCCUUGGUAGCUGAAGCUAUCCCUGACAUCUUGACGAACAGACAGAUGACACUGCUCACUCUGGGCUUAAGAGCGAGGAUGACAUUACAGAUUUUAAGUUCUGACCAGUCAGAGGACCUCACAGGUGUUAAAACACGCUUGAAUAGCCUCCUGGCAUCCAGCUCAAAACAGGUUCAUUCAGGUAAUGAAGAUCUUGAAGCCAACUUUGUCAGGCUUGUUCAAAGACUCCUGGAGGACCCAAAAGGGAGAGAGCACUAUCUCAAGAAUGUGUUUCCUGUGGAGUAUGGGCCUGACUUUGAUAACGCUCUGGAGACACUGGUUUGUGAGUUAUUUACCAAACUGGACGAGUUGCUGCUUAUACCAGACUUUAAACAGACCGCAGUGUGGAUCAGUGAUACACCCUCUGUGCUGGAAGAGUACAUGCAGUGUGUAUCCAAAGCCAAUGACCUCAGAGUACUUCUCAGAGAUAAGGCCCACCGUGGUAAAAUGGGCAAGAUGGAUACCCGUUUGACCUCUAUCUCAGAGCAGCAGCUCUUCUCAUCAUUAUCUCUCCCUCCUUCACUGCGAGAGUCCAACACCAAAGAUGUAGAAUCUCACACACAAACAUUUGACAUCCCAAGUGAAUUGGAGGGGAUUUCUCCUCAGGACGUGGAAGACAUGGCGAUACAGGAUGUGAGAUGGCCAUCUGAGGAGGAAACAGACAUUCUGGACACCACCCAUGCCAAACAGACAGGAGGGAAAUACUCCAUUCCUGAUGUUGUGGAGGAGUAUGAAGACGGAGGUUCAGACACCUGUUGGGUGCCCUCUACAUCUACUGAGAGUUCUAUAUUGCCAAGCUCUAAGAUUGGCCCUCCACAGCAGAGAGUUGCACACAAAUGCUCUCAGUGUGGAAAGUGCUUCAUUUACCGCUAUAAACUCCUGGAGCAUCAGAGGCUUCACACUGGAGAAAACCCUUUCAAGUGCUCUCAAUGCGGAAAGGCUUUUAGAAGGACCUCUGACAUGUCAACUCACAGGCGAUUACAGUGCGCAAAAGCAGCUUAUAUUUGUAUCAAAUGUGGGAAUAGCUUUCAAUCAAUACAGGACAAAUUAGGACACCGGUGUGGUCAUAGUGUCCAGAAGUUUGACUGUGGUCAUUGCGGAAAAAGCUUUAGAAAAAGGCACUUGCUAAGUAAGCAUGAGCUGACUCACACCCAGAACCAUAACUUCCCAUGCAGACAGUGUGGGAAAGUGUACUCCAGUAUGAGAGAGCUGAAAUCCCACCAGAAGAUUCACCCUCCUGAGCUGUCCAAUCAAUGCAUGCAGUGUGGGAAGUUCUUCAGCUCUGCUGCCAGUUUGACAGUACACGAGCUGCGCCACAGGCAACGGAGAACACAGAUCUGCGUGCGUUGUGGCAAAGCUUUUAAGAACAAACAUGACCUAAGUCUGCACAUGCGCAGUCACACAGGCGAGAGGCCAUUUCAGUGCACAUACUGUGGAAAACGUUUUUCUGCGUCAGGAAACCUGAACGUACACAUAAGGACCCACACUGGAGAGAAACCGUAUCUGUGCUCUGACUGCGGCAAGGGUUUUGUUUCGGCCGGCGAGUUGCAGAUACAUAGACGCACUCACACAGGGGAAAAACCUUACAAGUGCACUGUAUGUGAGAAGGCAUUCACCAUGGCAAGCAAAUUGACAAUUCAUAUGCGUAUUCACACUGGAGAGCGCCCUUACAUCUGUUCUGAAUGUGGGAAAGGUUUUUCACGUGGUGGCGAAUUGAAAAAACAUACCAUGAACCAUACGGGGGUGCGACCCUACGCUUGUCAUUUGUGUGCAAAGGCUUACACAUGCCACAAUCACCUGAGGAGACACCUGAAAACUCACAGUGUAGUGAAAAACUAGACUGUCUAAUUCCAUUGAUUACCAUUGUCAUUUUAUCAAAUUGAUGUUGUAGCAAUGCAACUAGCCUGUAUUGAUGUUGUGUUGACAGCAUGCAAUUUGUAAUACACUCACCCUCUCUUGUAA